AUCUUAUCUCCCACAAUCAUCAUGGCAAGGAAGGGGAAGAACAACCAGAACAACACCGCUGCGGCGCCCCCUCCAGAAGAGUCCGCCGCCGCCGACGAUGCGCCCGCCCCCGAGCCCCGACCGCCCGUCGAGGUGCUGUACUGCGCAGUUUGCUCCUUCCCGGUCGAGUACUGCGAGUUCGGGUCCAGCCUGACACGAUGUAAAGAGUGGUUGAAAGAGGCGCAUCCUGAUCAGUUUGACAAGUACUACUCGGAGGAGGCGCUUCAGAGCAAGAUCGGAACGCUGAGCUUGGACGCGCAAGCGAAGCUGGAGAAGGAUACGGCCAAGAAGGAGGCGAAGGCUGCAGCUAAGGCAGAUGCAGAGGAGAAGAAGAAGAUGGCGUCGCAGAUCAUCAUCAAGCGCAUCGAACGCAAUAAGCGCAAGCAUAUAACCUCCAUCAAUGGCUUAGAAGCCUUCGGUGUCGACUUGAAGAAGGUCGCCAAGCAGCUCGCAUCGAAGUUUGCCACAGGCGCUUCUGUGACCAAGAAUCCGCAAGGCCAGGACGAAAUCGUCGUGCAGGGAGACGUCAGUGACGAGAUUCUCGAAAUGAUCGAGGACGGCGUCGGUUUGCUGAAGGGCAUACCUGCCGACAACGUCGAGAUCGUGGAGGACAAGAAAAAGAAGGGUGGGGAUUAGGUCUGGUAGCAGGUUCAUGUAUCUCUGUAUCGAGUAUAUCAUCACUGUAUCACCAGCAUGGCCAAUGUAUCCACGAUCUGCCGACGUCCCCGCCGCCCGCGAGCCCCUCAACGUACUUCUUUCAUGGUCAAACCUUCGGACGGUUCGACGUAGCUGGGAUGCAUCUUCAGUCAACUGAUCCUGCUCAGUACGGUCUCUAUGUCCGUCGACGACCCCUUGCGUGAAGAAAGCAUCCCAUUCGCUGUUGACGGGAUCAGCGGUGAUUGCAAUAGGGCAAUACUGACAGCAUCUAUCCGACGCUGAACCGUGAACGGCGUCUCUCACGCCUCUUUACAGUCUCCCUUUCGCUAACGCCAGUCCUCCGCAACUCUGUCGUACAUGAGACGCCGAAU